AUGGAGGACCAGCUGGCCCAGCUGCUCGCAAACACCCAGCUCCCCGCCGAAGAGCCUCGAAAACGCGCCGAACUCGACCUCAAACAUGCCCAGACCAAUCCCGUCUUCCCAGUCGCCCUCGCCAACAUCGCCGCUCACAAUUCCGUCUCCACAGAAAUCCGCCAGGCCGCCCUGGCCUACCUGCGCCGCUUCAUAGAGCACAACUGGAGCGAAGAGGGCGAUGAUGGCGAGGGGCCCCAGGUACCCAUUCCUGAAUCCACAAAAGAGCAGCUGCGUCACAAGCUCUUGGAUCUGGCUCUGAGUGAGGAGCCCGACCGCAAGGUCAAGGCUUCAGUCAGUUACGUCGUUGGAAAGAUUGCCAACAAUGACUUCCCCGAGAAAUGGCCCUCACUCCUCCCCGCCCUCCUCGAAAUCAUAGCCAGUGGCAACGACGUUCGCCUCUACGGCGCCCUGAAGGUCCUGAGCGACAUUGUCGAGGAAAGCCUGACCGAGGAUCAAUUCUUCUCCAUGGCCCGCCCCAUCAUCGACGUCGUGUUUAAUGUUGCUGUGAACGACGGUCGGAAGCCUACCCUGCGUGCUCUCGCGGUACAUGUCUUCCGUGGUUGUUUUGAUCUUAUGGACAUGGUUAAGGAUGACCACCCCAAGGAGGUCAAGGGCUUUGCCGAGGAGUCGCUCAAGAAUUGGCUUCCUUUCUUCUCCCAGGUUCUCCAGGUCCAACUGCCUGAUAGCUCCGAAGAGGCCUCACAGCGGGAGUACAGGAACGGCAUUAUCGCCUUUAAGCUACAGGUGGUCAAGACGCUGAUGAAGGUCAAGAGCGUCUUCCCCACGCUUCUGUUGCCCCAGAGUACUGCAUUCUUCCAGGCUGCCUGGCACGAGCUGUCCCUCCUCCAGGAGUCUUACAAAUCGAAUUAUAUCGACAACGGAAGCCAGGGCAGGCUGGAGGAUUCCGACGGGCUGCCUUAUACCCUCGACUUCUUGAUCCUGGAAGAAUUGGACUUCCUCAACCAGUGCAUGAGGGCCACGCCAGUGCAGAAAGAGCUCGAGGCCCAGCUCGGUGCGGGGCCAGCCCACGAGAUACCCUGGAUACUGGACCUCAUGAAGCUGCUGGUAGCUUACAGUCGGAUCACUCACGAGGAAGAGGAACUGUGGGAUAUUGAUGUCUCGCUUUACCUUGCCGAGGAGACUUCGGUGGGAGAGUGGCUUCACCAACGGGCAUUGGAGGGACUUUUCGCCUACACCAAGAGCCAGUUCUCGGGCGAGCAUGACUGGCGCUCUCAAGAAGCUUGUCUAUAUCUAUUCAAUAUGCUCAUCAGUGAUCUACAAGAUCGCUCAGAGGCUGUCCCUCCUGAGGUUGCUCAGGCCCACGUAGAAUUGAUCAAUUAUGCUAUCGGCCAAGACCAGCCCCUUCUCCGCGCCCGAGGCUUUCUGGUAGCCAGUACCUUGGCCCAGAUCUUUCCCCCUGUUGCUGGGAUCGUAGACAGGACGAUAGAGUCUGUCAGCCGAGACAGCUCGGAACUUGUCCAAGUGGCUUGCGUCAAGGCUGUCGAAGGGUUUGUAAGCUCUGGCAAUGUGCCUGCAGACCGCCAAGUGCCGAUGCUUGUGGCUAUCAACGGCUUCCUCGACGGAAAGGAUAUGACUGACCUGGUGGAUGCCGAUGAUCUCCUGGUCACUCUUGCCGAGGCACUUCGAGCAGUCAUUGGCAUCGACCCGAGGGUUGCGAUCGCGUCAGACAUCAAGUCCAUUGACUUACUUUUCUUGAUCGCCAAGCACGGCGCGUCGAACUUUCAAGUUACGGUUCUGGUCUGUGAGGCGUUCGAGGAACUUGUGCAGAGUCUGUCAGACUCGGCAUCUUACGCGGCUCUGUGCGCCAAAGUUUUGCCAACCAUCACCGGGGCCUUCAACGUUGCGGAUAUGACCUCGGACGACCCGCUUCUCACCCUCGCAUGUGAACUUCUAGUACCACUUGUACAGAAUGGCUCUGAGCCCUUGCCAGCAGGGUUCGUGGCUGCGACCCUUCCCAAGGUGAAGAAUCUGCUGUUGCAGUCGCCCGAGGGUGAGGUCCUGCGACCUGGCGCCGAAGCAAUCAAAUACAUGUUGAUGCACGACCACCAUCAGGUGCUCGGUUGGCAUGACGAGAAUGGCCAGUCCGGACUGGAAACGUGUCUGAUCAUAAUUGACCGGCUAUUGGGACCCGGUAUUGAGGACAAUGCGGCUUCCGAGGUUGGAGGACUUGCCGCAGAGCUUGUGGAAAAGGCCGGCCCUGAGCGUCUGGGUCCUUAUCUGGAGAAGCUGUUACAGGCUGUGGCUAACCGACUGGCCACGGCUGAGGCUGCCCCUUUCAUCCAGUCCCUAAUCAUCGUCUUCGCGCGCUUGUCACUAAUGCAAGCCGGUGACGUCGUACAAUUCCUCAGCAACAUUGACAUCAGUGGCCACAAUGGCCUCCAGGUGGUCCUGAGCAAGUGGCUGGAAAACUCUGUCAACUUUGCGGGCUACGACGAGAUUCGUCAGAAUGUCAUUGCCCUCUCCAAGAUCUAUUCAUUGAAUGAUGGACGCCUUGCUCAGACCAUGGUCAAGGGCGAUCUUAUCAUGCAGCCCAGUGACGGGAGAAUAUUGACACGUUCGCGAGCUAAGCAGAAUCCAGACCAGUACACUUUGAUUCCUGCAACGCUCAAGAUACUGAAGGUUCUGAUUGAGGAGCUCAUCUCCGCGUCUGGGGUUCAAGGCGCGGCUAAUGCCGCGGCCGCUGCGGCCGCAGAAUUUGCUGAUGCGGACGAGGACGACGGCGAUGAGGGCUGGGAGGACGAGCUCGACACCGUUGGCCUGGGAGCCAGCGCGCAGACUCUCAUGAACCUGGCCGAGGGAGCCAGCAGCAGGAUGCGGGACGAUGAGACACAGCAGUACUUGUCCGAAUUCUUUGUACGCGCGGCGAGAGAGAACAUUGCUGAUUUCCAAAACUGGUACGGCAUGCUCACGGAGGAUGAGAAGAGCAAGCUGAAUGAGCUGGCAACGGCUCAAUGA